AUGUCCGACGCGAACCACCACCAGUGGCAGCCACACCCUCCACCGUGUAUUUCAUCGCCUUUUGCGUCUUCUAGCCCGCCAGAACGGACACUUCCCCUCGCUCGCCCCGAUUGGCCUUUGCCUCUCAGGACUCAUUCUUCUCAAUCCUCUCACCUCCAGAGGUCUACUUCUUCGGCAUCAGCUACUUCCUCAUCAGCAAAUUGGGACCUAGCCCGAGCUAGAAACAGCGGAUCGGUCGGUGGAAUUCCGGGGGGCAGCCCUGUUUCGAGUGGCAGUAACAUGUCUUCGUUUCUGUCGCGUUCGACUUCAAGCCGCAUGUCGUGGCAAUCGAACCAGACGUUACGAAAUAAUGCUGGAUCAUCCUAUUCUACGGCAAAUGAAGAUACAAUGCAUUGGUCAUUCAUGGGUUUUGAAUGGGUAGUGCGAGACGUACACAAGCUUCGAGACUUUGUGGAAGGCCCGGAUGCUCUGUUACUCAGUAAGAGCGAAGACGAAAACAUCGGUGGCAACGCCGGUCAUGGCAAUACUGGAAUUGGCGGUGAACCUGCUGAAAGCGCUGCCGUUGCUGAUGAGUUUGAGGUUCUCAAACAAUCUCCCAUAAUAGUUGACAACAAAUUUCAAGUUGAGAUUGCUCGUACUUCUCAGGUGCCUGGAACAACGAACCCCAACACAUUAUCUCUCUAUAUCGCUUGCCUCACUCUGGACACCUCUUAUGCAGACUAUGAAGUGUCUGCAUCCAUGAUGACUGCUGUGAGGUGUCAAGAUGACCGUGGAGGCAGACGCGGAGCUCGGCCAGAUUGGGUCUGGGAGAACUGGCAGAGUGAUUGGGUCUUCAGAGAGGGAAACGAGGUCUGGUCGUGUUCUCUUCCUCCGCUUUCGGCACUCAUGGAAGGCAAUUCUCGAAUACGUGACACAGACUCGUUGGUGAUAUGUGUUCAGAUACAUUGUCCUGUGGGACCUUUCUUCCCCUCUCAUCCUUCCGCAUACUAUGUUCCGAAGGACUUGUUGGACGGGCUUGAAGCGUCAUUAGACAACCCGAACACCGGGGAUGUUCGUUUCGUAUGCCUCGAACGAUACACUCCAGACGACCUACCGCCAACUCCAACAAAUGUCUCCUCUCCGGCCUCACACCGAUCGGCUUCCGCCAUGUCAUCCUAUUCUCACUCAUCGCAAAUGACAGCUCGCAAGCGCAUUAUUUACGCCCAUUCAGACAUUCUUAUCCGCCGGUCUGAUUAUUUUGCUACUAUGCUUUCAUCAUCUUUUUCUGAGAAUCAAGCCCAUGUGCCCGGUGAACGCAAGAUAUAUAAUAUCGUCGUUGAAGAGGCCGAUUUCGAAACCAUUUAUUGGCUGUUGAAAUAUUGUUAUGCGAAUUGGUUGUUGUUCAAAGAAGUGGAUGACCCGCGAGCUGCUGUAGAUGGCGUCGGGGCCGGCUGGAGUGCUCAUUGGUUACAUGCUAGAGGUGGUGAAUGGAGCUGGAAGACCUUCGGCAAGGGAAUAAGUGAAGAUGGUGAUACAAGGAGUGCAGUAAGUGGGGAAGGAGGCCAGAACCUUCCUCCACCAACACCUACAUCAUUGCAAUCUGGCGCACCAAUACCAGCAGUACCGGGUACCAAUUCCAUUGCAGGCGGAACUACUUCGGGAGCUUCCACAACCUCUCGAGUAUCAACCAAAACAGUCACCUCUCCUCCUCGACCGUCAAACAGCAAUACAACCACUACGGGUGGAACAACAUCUUCAGGCAAUCCUCGACGUGUUGCUGGUGGACCGACAACGGCUGCGACUCUGCCGAUAGUUGUGCCCGGAUCGGGCUCAGUUCGCUCAAAGCAAACGCCUUCAUCGGUUGCAAUCCCACGACAUACAUCAAACUACACUCAAGGACCCUCUUCCUCCACCCAUUACCCACCUAUUUCGCCCCGGACAGGUAGAAUGCAAGUAUCCAACGGGCCUGGCGCCAGCAUGAUAUCAAGUCCUGACCCGCACCAACAUCCAACACCUCCUCCACCACCAGCAUCAGCACUUUCGGUGUACCAAGUUGCUCACAGGUACACGAUGCCUGCACUUGCUAAUUUGGCGUUGGAGCAUAUGAUAUCCACUAUCACACCUCAAACAAGUUUUGCACUCCUCUUGGCUAGUUUAGCUUGGGAUGAACUUCACGGGAUGGUGGAGGAUUAUGUGGUUGAGAAAUGGGAUGAGGUGUCGGUGUCUGGCGAGUUUGAGAGGUGUUGUAAUGAAGUAGCGGCCGGAGAGUGGGGACCGGAGGGUGGAAAAACACUGAUGGCACUUUUCCGCCGUUUGAAAUCUCCAACUUGA